GGGCUAGGAUCUGGGAUGAGAGGCACUCAAGGGCACUGGUCAGGAGAGGGAUCCUCGGGAGUACUGGGACAGAUCAGGGCUUCAGGAUUGAUUUACUGGUUGCGGGGAGUUUCCACCAGUUCAUCUGACUUCUGUUUGUCCCCACAGGCACUGGGAUUGGCUGGGCUGGUCGGGGAAGCAGAAGAGUCAGCAGGGACAGAGGAGGAGGAUAAGGGGCCUCUUUGUGCAGAGAAGAGAUUCCUGCAGCUGAGUGAUGGGGCCUUACUCCUUCGGGUGCUGGGCAUCAUUGCUCCUAGUUCCCGAGGAAGAGGGCUUCGAAUGAUCAGGGACCAGGACGGUCCUGCAGCCUGUAGGAUGUGGAAUCUCCAUCAUCUGUGGGGGCGACUGAGGGAUUUCUACCAGGAGGAACUGCAGCUGCUGAUCCUGUCACCACCCCCAGACCUCCAGACAUUGGGGUUUGACCCCCUUUCAGAAGAGGCGGUGGGCGAGCUGGAAGGCAUCCUCCGGCUGCUGUUGGGGGCCUCGGUGCAGUGUGAACAUCGGGAGCUCUUCAUCCGUCACAUCCGGGGCCUCAGUCUUGAUGUCCAGAGCGAGCUGGCCAUCGUAAUCCAAGAGGUGACCCAGCCUGGUGCUGGUGUGGUAAUGGCUCUAGCUGGACCAGAGUCUGGAGAAAUAGAGGCCGUGGAGCUGGAGAUACAGAUACGGAACCUGAUGGGGACCAUGUCCAGACUGGUGCGAGAGCGAGAUCUGGGGGCACAGCGGUUGGCUGAGAUGCUAUUGGAGCGGGAGCCGGCCCGCUUGCCCGAGGCUCCUGCUAAUGCUCCUGCGGAGGGUCCCUCGCACCAUCUGGCUCUGCAGCUGACCAACGCCAAGGCCCAGCUGAGACGGCUGCGGCAGGAGGUGGAGGAGAAGGCCGAGUUGCUGCUGGACUCCCAGGCCGAGGUGCAGGGCUUGGAGGCUGAAAUUCGAAGGCUCCGUCAGGAGGCUCAGGCACUGUCCGGACAAGCCAAACGCGCCGAGCUCUACCGCGAGGAGGCAGAGGCACUGCGCGAACGGGCCGGCCGCCUGCCACGACUGCAGGAGGAGCUGCGGCGCUGUCGCGAGAGGCUGCAGGCAGCGGAGGUCUUCAAGGGCCAGCUGGAGGAGGAGCGGCUGCUUUCUGGGGCCCUGGAGGCCUCAAAGGCGAUGCUGGAAGAACAGCUGGAGGUUGCCCGAGAGCGCUCAACCAGACUGCAUGAGACGCAGCGGGAAAACCUGCUGCUGCGCACGAGGCUGGGCGAGGCCCAUGCGGAGCUGGACUCUCUGCGGCAUCAGUGGGAGCAGCUGGUGGAGGAAAACGUGGAGUUGGAGCUGGAGCUUCAGAGGAGCCUGGAGCCACCCCCAGGCUCCCCUGGGGAGGCCCCCCUCCUGGGAGCAGCACCCUCCCUGCAAGAUGAGGUGAGAGAAGCAGAGGCUGGGCGGCUAAGGACGGUGGAGCGGGAGAACCAGGAGCUCCUAGGCCUGCUGCAGAUGAUGCAACAGCAGCUUGGCAGCCAGCACCCUCUGCUGGAGGAGCAGAGCAAGGACUCCAUGCUGCCUGUGCCCAACUUGGGUCCCCCAACUCCUCUGGGUCCAGAUCACAGCCUCCAAAGCUGGGCUUGUCAGAGGGGAGGUGAAGGCCCUGAAUCCUUGGACCUGGCUUCCUCAGCAUCAGACUCUGACAUCACAAGGUCAUCCGAGUGUCCCCAGGCACCUGAUUCACACCCAGAGGUGAUGGAGAGUUCUUUCCAGAGGGCUUCUCGGGAUCCCCAGACCUCGGCCCUAACUUUCCAAGAAUCAGACCCUACUGUGGAGGAGAAACAUGGAUCUCUGGAGAAGUCCAGCCAGGGAGUCUCUCUCCAGGGCCCCAUUGUCUGGGCCCAAACACAGGGUCCAGAGAUCAGAAUUGAGGUGCAGGAGUUGCUGGGAGAGCCUAGAAGCAGAGAGGUUCUCCAAGAGGAGUUGGUGCCUGAGGCUCAGGUCCUGAAACAGGAGAGCCCUGAGCGCAGGCCCAGAUCUUCAGACUUCAAACUCGAUCAGGAGAGCCUGGAUCAGGAGCUAGAGCUGUCCAAGCAGCAGACAGAGGCAGGAGGGCAUGAACUGAAGCCUGAGACGUUGGUCAGUAGCCCGGCCCCUAGGAAACCACAGCAGACAUCAGAAGGGGCUCCUGAUGCCUGGUCCAGGGAGGAGCCAAUCCUGGAGGAGACCCUGGCCAGUGCUGUCCCAGAGGAGCAGGCCCUCAGAGACGAGGUGGCACAGCUAAAGAGAGAGGUUGUGGGCCUUGAGGCUAAACUGCAAGCCCAGGCCCAAAGACUAGAGGCCCGAAGUGCAGAGGCUAUCUGCCUCUCCGAAGAGCUGGCCCAAGCACGCAGGGCAGAGGCUGAGGCCCACCAGGAGGCAGAGACCUGGGCCCAGGAGCAGGCCCGUCUGCGGGAAGCAGUGGAUACAGCUAGCCUGGAGCUGGAGGCUGCUUCUCGAGAGCGGGAGGCGCUGGCAGAGGCUCUGGCAGCAGCAGGCCGUGAGCGAAGGCAGUGGGAACGUGAGGGGCCUAGGCUGCGCGCUCAAGUUGAGGCUGCCGAGCAGCAAGUGCAGACUCUGGAGAGCCAGGUCCGUCGUCACCUGGAGGAGGCUGAGAGGGAGCACCUGGAGAAACGAGCCCUCAGGGAGGAACUAGAGAAGGCUGUGGUACGCGGCCAGGAACUGGGGGCCCGGCUGGAGCACUUGCAGCAAGAGCUGGGACAGGCAGCCUUGGAGCGCCAGGAGUUCCUUCGAGAACAGGAGAGCCAGCACCAGAGGUACCAGGGCCUGGAGCUGCGGCUGGAAGCUGAGCUGCAGGCAGCGGCCACCAGUAAGGAGGAAGCACUGAUGGAGCUCAAGGCCCGGGCCCUGAAGCUGGAGGAAGAGCUGAUUCAGCUUCGACAGUACCCUGUGGGACUGACGACGGAGGCAGGAGCUGAGCCUCGGACUGUGGAGACCCAGAAUGGUCGGCUCAUCGAGGUGGAGCGCAGUAAUGCCACACUGGUGGCUGAGAAGGCAGCGCUGCAGGGGCAGCUGCAGCACCUGGAGGGUCAGCUGGGGAGCCUACAGGGCCGGGCACAGGAGCUCCUGCUACAGAGUCAGCGGGCACAGGAGCACAGCAGCCGCCUGCAGGCUGAAAAGUCUAUGAUGGAGAAGCAGGGCCAGGAGUUGCACAGGAAGCUGGGGAUGCUGGAAGAGGAGGUGCGGGCAGCAAGACUGGCUCAGGAGGAGACUCGUGGGCAGCAGCAGGCUCUGCUUCGAGACCAUGAGGCCCUGGCCCAGCUGCAGCGGAGACAAGAGUCAGAGCUGGAGGGCCUUCUGGUGCGGCACCGAGAUCUCAAGGCCAAUAUGCGUGCACUGGAGCUGGCCCACCGUGAGCUGCAAGGCCGGCAUGAGCAGUUGCAGGCCCAGAGGGCCAGUGUGGAAGCACAAGAGGUGGCCUUACUGGCAGAGCGUGAGCGCCUGAUGCAGGAUGGGCGUCGGCAGCGGGGCCUGGAGGAGGAGCUGCGGAGACUUCAGAAUGAACACGACAGAGCUCAGAAGCUACUGGCUGAGGUGUCUCGGGAACGAGGGGAGCUCCAGGGUGAACGCGGGGAACUGCGGGGCCGGCUGGCGAGGCUGGAGCUGGAGCGGGCACAGCUGGAGAUGCAAAGCCAGCAGCUGCGUGAGUCCAACCAGCAGCUGGACCUGAGCGCCUGUCGACUGACCACACAGUGCGAGCUGCUGACCCAGCUUCGCAGCGCCCAGGAGGAAGAGAACAGGCAGCUGCUAGCUGAGGUACAGGCUCUGAGCCGGGAGAACCGAGAGCUGCUGGAGCGCAGUCUGGAGAGUCGAGACCACCUGCAUCGAGAGCAGCGAGAGUACCUGGACCAGCUUAACGCCUUACGUCGUGAGAAGCAGAAGCUGGUGGAGAAAAUCAUGGACCAGUACCGUGUGCUGGAACCUGGGCCCCUGCCCCGCACCAAGAAGGGCAGCUGGCUGGCAGACAAGGGUCCUCGUCACCGGCACCCAUGCGCCGUGCCCAGAGCUCUCUCUGCUUGGGAGAGGAGACCCUGGCAGGUGGGCAGCGGCGAAGACUCAGCUCCCGGCUCCCUGGAGGGCGAAGCUCUGAGUCAUUCAGUCCAGGGGACACCCCAAGGCAGAGGUUCCGACAGCGCAGGCCAGGCCCCCUGGGGGCACCCAGCGCCCAUAGCAAAGGAUCUGGUGUGGAAUGGGACGGUUCCAUUAAGACCCUCCCGGAACAUGAAACAGAUGCCAGUCGAGAGGCCCUCCAGGAUCAGAAACCAGAGAAACAUCCCCUUACCUCUUCCCUCAGCCAGUGACACUGUGGCCACAGGAGGCUUAGGCAGGAAGCCUUCUCUUCAUUAUAGGGUCAGUGAGUCUUCCAGGCAACCCAAGAGCCGGGGGACCCAGGGACCCCAAGAAGAGUCCUUGAACACAGAGGCCUGGACUCCCAGGCCCUCCACGACUUGUACUGUGGCCCUACAAAGGAGCUGGGACAAAUGUGUGGACAGGGGAUGUGACUGGUCCCGACAGGUAGCUCCCGGCCAGGGCUCUUGCUCUGCCACACAAACAUCAUUGAGGAGGCGAUCUCUGGGGGAUCCCCCAGCUGAAGGAGGCUGGCAAGAGUGGGCAAGAGAGCCCUCUGCCCGGUCUAGAUGGGAAGCCAAGGCCCAUUCUCUGGGGUCAGGCCUGGGCUGAUAUCUAAGCCUCGUCCAGGACAGGAGGGAGAGGAGAAUAAAGCUGUAACCCUUGAA